AUGUCACUCUCGCGUGAGGCCGGAUGCAUCACCCAUGUUGAGGGGAACCGACACCUCCGAGUGAUGAUCAUACUGGUACCAAAGACACUGACUCUUUUGAUCCCAGAUAAGGACCUCCACCAGAACAUUGAACGAUACAUCCGGCUCAUCCACCCCCAUGAUUACACCAAACUGCAAGAAAAGGAAGAAGGGGCUGAUGAUGAGGAAGAAAAAGACAAUGAGGAUAAGGUAGAGGAGGAGGGAAAGAAGGAGUCCGAGGAUUCCAAUUUCGAUGACACUGACGGGAGCCACGAUGGUCUUGAUGAUAAGAAGAAGCCCCCCAAGAAAAGGGUUGAUGCAGAGGAGACUGACGCAAGCAAAAAUGGUGUUGGUGAUGAGAAGGAGCCCACAGAGAAAAAGUUUGAAGCAAAUACUGUGGAACUGUGUACCAUAACGAUGGAGAUGCCACUGCGACAGUUUUACACACCAGACUUCCAGAAUAUCUGUAAGUGCCUCCCCUGA